AUGCAAUUCAGUAUGCUCUCACCGUCACCACCGCGAAAAUCUCGCGACAGUCUGCUCAGCCUGUACUCGUCCACAUCGCGACCAUUCUUCUCGGCAUUCUAA